AUGGUUAUAAUGAGUUCAUUGGACAAUAAUCAGCUUUUGAAAUGGUUAGAAGAUGUUGAAAAGUCGGUAGUCAAUAGGGAUGGUAAAAUUCUCACUCAUUUAUUUGCUGUAAAGAAUGUGCCUCAUUUAAGUAAGCCUUUCCUUAUUAAACUAACUUCCCAAAAAAUUCACCACUCUAUCGAAAAGUACUUUGCAAAUCGAAAAGUUCCGUUUGCAAAUUCCUUAAAAAUAGUAACAGAAAAUUUUUUGGAGAUAUGCCGUGAAUGUACCAAAAAUAGUUGUCAGUGGAAUAAUGUCAUCUCAAAUGGGACAAUGUUGCUCAAUGGAUGGAUUGAAAUAUACCGUGAUCCUGAUGCCCUGCCAUGUCAAUGGUUAGUUCCAGUAUUAAUAAAAGUUUGCUCCUUUUUAUCACGUGCUGGGAUUAUUGCAGAUUCACAGUUGAAUAUUGGAUACUUUGAAAAUGAUGACAACGAUGAAGACUAUCAAAAUAAGUACCAAAUUACUGUACUUAAUGCAAUACGCCAACAAAUAGGGAAAUUUAGAGGUGAUGAAGAUAGACAGGCAGGAUAUAUUGUGCUUAUGACGGAAAGUAUUAAAUGUUGUAUGCAACUUAGAAACAUGCAGAUGGCAUCAACUUUCCUAAAACACAUAGAAUUAUCUAACAUUGAUUCUAGCAAGGUGCUUAGAGGUCCUAUGGUAUUAUUUCGCUAUUUUUUAGGUAAAUUGUAUAUGCAACAAGAAAACUUCUUACUCUCUGAAGAACAGCUUGCAUGGGCAUUUGGACAUAGCAACUUUAAGAACGUGAGUUUCAAACGAAAUAUUUUGGAGUGUCUAAUUGCAGUAAGAUUGCGCCUUGGAUUGCUUCCAAGCUUAAAGUUAUUAAAGAAAUAUAAAAUGUACCAUUAUAUGGAAGUUAGAGAAGCUAUCCUACAGGGAAACGUAAAGAGAUUUGAGAAGACUCUUCACAACUUCUCUGCCAAUUUUAUACAUCAUGGGACAAUUUUAUGUGUUGAAAGGGUCAAAUUUAUAGUAUACCGUAAUUUAAUGAGGCGUAUACGAUCUUGGUCUGAUAAAAAUCUUCCUGGUGAUCCAAAUAAGAUAUCAUUUUCAGCAUUUGAGGCAGGCUUUAAAUGGCAAUCAGACGAAAUAUUUGAUCAGCAAGAGAUGGCAUGCAUAUGUGCAAAUUUGAUUAAACUUGGAUAUGUGAAAGGUUAUAUCUCGUGGGAACACCAAGUUAUUGUUUUCUCAGCAAAUGAUCCAUUUCCAUCAUUUAAAAAUAUCAAAGCAUUAUAA